AUACUAACCUCCUGUUCGGUAGUCGCCGUCUCCGUCAUGGCUCUCGCCCCCAACAAUGCCGGUGCCAAGGAUGUCGGUAACGGUCAAGGCCAACAGUUCACCACUGGAGGAUGUGUCGCCGAUGCCGACUGCAGAAGCACCUGUUGUGCUGAGAUCAGUGGUAGCGGCUUGGGCAUAUGCUCCGCCGUUGGAGCAGCCACUCAGAAUGGCAAGGAAGGAUGCGGCUUCGCUGACCCCAACGCUGCUGCUACCAUCGCGGCGGCCCAGGCUCAAGUCGCCAAGCAAGGUUUCAAGUUCAGGGCAUAA